AUGAGCUCCAACACCUUUAAGCAAGCCGCGGAAGCAGCACGAACCAAGACGUCCGCUAUGGGCAAGCAGGGCUCAGAGGCAGUUUCUGCCGUAGGAAAUGAUUUCCUACACACGCCCAUUAUGCGGGCAGCCCUUCCCUUCCUUAACGGCGGCAUCUCUGGCAUGGUUGCGACCACUGUCAUCCAACCUGUAGACAUGAUCAAGGUCAGAUUGCAACUCGCAGGCGAAGGCAUUGCUACCGGCCCCAAACCUACUCCGUUAUCCGUCACACGAGAUAUCCUUGCGCAAGGCAAGGCUCUUGACUUAUACACCGGUCUCUCAGCGGGUCUUCUCCGCCAGGCGGUAUAUACUACAGCGAGAUUGGGCUUCUUCGACACAUUUCUGAAAAACCUAUCAACACGUGCCAAGGAGAAGGGUAGACAGGUUAGCUUUGUUGAGCGAGCGAGUGCUGGACUUGCAGCCGGUGGGAUAGCAGCCUUUAUCGGGAACCCUGCAGAUCUAGCUCUCAUUCGGAUGCAAUCAGAUGGUCUCAAACCUAUCGCUGAGCGCAAGAACUACAAAUCUGUUAUCGAUGCAUUAUCGACGAUCGUCAAAUCUGAAGGCGUUACUGCGUUAUGGGCCGGUGCGACACCAACAGUAGUACGAGCUAUGUCGCUUAACUUGGGUCAACUGGCAUUCUUUUCGGAAGCUAAAGCACAACUUAAGACGCGUACCCAAUGGUCUCCUCAAUCGCAAACCCUAACAGCUAGCGCUAUUGCUGGAUUUUUCGCUUCCUUCCUCAGUUUACCCUUUGACUUCGUGAAGACGAGAUUGCAAAAGCAGCAACGCGGUCCUGAUGGCAGACUUCCGUACAAGAGUAUGACAGACUGCUUCGUCCAAGUCGCUAGACAGGAAGGUCUCACGCGCUUCUACCGUGGAUUCGGUACCUACUACGUGCGUAUUGCGCCGCACGCCAUGGUGACCUUAAUUGUUGUGGAUUAUCUUGGUUGGUUGACGAAAUAA